AUGAAGGCUGCGAUUCUACUGUUUUGUCUUCUAGGAUCAACUCUGUCAUUACCGAUGCAGCUCAACCCUGCCCUGGUGCUUCCUCCUACUAAGCUUGUUCCAGAUCAGGCAACACUGCUAAAUCCACAGCAGCCAAGUCAGGUCUUCUCUUCUUUAAGUCUAAUUCCUUUGACACAUAUGCUCACACUGGGGUCAGACUUGCAACUGCUAAAUCCUGCUGCAGGGAUGCCGUCUGGUACACAGACCCUCCCACUGGCCCUGGGGGGACUGAAGGUACAGCAGCAGCUGCAACCACCAAUGUUACCAGUUAUUGUAGCACACUUUGGAGCCCAGGGUACUAUCCUAAGCUCAGAGGAACUGCAAGGGACCUCUCAAAUCUUAACAGGUCUUAUCUUCCAUCCCUUGUUCCCUGGAGCCAUCCUGCCCACCAGUCAGGCUAAUCCAGAUGCCCAGAAUGGAAUCCUUCCUGCAGGACAAGCAGGAGCAAAUCCUGCCACCCAGGGAACCCCGGAGGAUCCCUUCUCAACCCCUAGUGGCACAGAUGAUGACUUUGCAGCAACCACACCUGCUGGCAUCCAGAGGGGCAGGCAAACCACGGAGGAAACCCCCACAGGGUCACCCAAAGCCCUUGUGCCACAACUUUUGAGCCACUGCUCUAGAGCCCUGAAGCCGCAAUCACUGAAGAACGCAUGCCCUGGAGCCUGUGCUCCACAAGAGAAGCGGCGGCAACGAGAGGCAUGCGCGGAACUAGAGGGUAGCCCCUACUCACUACAACUAGCCCUUGCAGCAACAAAAACCAAGCACAGCCGAAAAAUUAACUAA